UAUCGUUUGCCUCGCGCUGACAUCAUAGCGGAUUACAAUGUCAAAUAUUUUGGAAGCAGCGCUAGCCUCUGGUUUUACACCCCUUGAGAGAGAAUCGUCGUUUAUAUUCCAGUCAUUUGAAAUAUAAAGUUGCAAUAUUUUUCGCAUGAAACAUUUUUUGGGGAAGGAAUGAUGGAUUCAAGUUAAGGUGUAUGUAACAGAGAGUGGGUCAGGUCAGGGAUGCUGCAGCAUCGGAGGGAAUAUGACUCUCAUGGCCUGUUUUCAUCUGGAGAGACCUCCGACAAUGACUGUGAGAUAGGGGCGAGUUGUGGAGAGGUUGGCGUAGUGUGUUUGUGUGAGACUGGACCCUGCACACUGUACUCUGAAGCACAUACACAGACACCGGACACACUGAAAUGUGAACACUGUGGGAAAAACAGGGUAGUGAUAACCAGGUACUCAGAGGGAUAUGGCACAGAGGAAGAGUGUGUCCUGUCCGAUCCUCAGGGUGACAGCGAUGCAGACGCUGACAUCGAGGACACAGAUUGCAGACUACAGGAGCCAUGUUCUCUCCAGCGAAUCAGCUCGCGGAGACGGAAGCGACCGCGAAUAGCACGGCAGGACACCACAGAGAGUGAGGACGAUGGGGGGAGGAGUCACAGGAGUCACCGCUGGAACCUCAGACUCAGUCCCCACCGGGCUCACAACAGAACCUUACUAGAGGAGAGUGUAUCACAGGUCAGACCGUUAGUGAUCUGUCAGCCCAGUGCCGGAGGAGACGGUCAGGGGCCUCCAGUCGAAGGGCCCAGAACUGGCCCAAAAUGGCUCUGGUCUCUGUGGCCCUCGUCUCUCUCCCUGCCUGUCAUUCUCCUCCUCUCCAUCCCUCUCUCUCUCUCCUUAGUCAUCAUCAUCAUGUCUUUCCUGCUGCCUCGGGCCAGUACUUGACCCCACUUCUCUGUUUUAUUUAAUUAAUUUUAAUAUUUUUCAUUGAAUAAUUUAAUUAUACUUUAAUCACCUUGCGUCACCUCAUUAUGUUGUUUAUUAAUGUGUGUAUACUGUAAACAAAUCAUAUUAGACCAUAAGCCAUAGCAGCAUCAGACCCAUAAGCCAUAGCAGCAUCAUCACCCUUUUCCACAACACAAUUUCUGAACAGGCAGCUUGUGCUCUUCAUACCUCUCUCUCUCUCUCUCCCUCUCUCUCUCUCUCUCUCUCUCUCUCUCUCUCUCUCUCUCUCUCUCUCUCUCUCUCUCUCUCUCUCUCUCUCUGUUUCGCUCUCUCUCUCUCUCCCACUCAUUUGCAAAAAUAGAUCUCUUGGCUUGCUGCUUAUGCUGUAGAUGUUGUGAAAUGUGGGUGGAAAAGGGUUUUAGUGUUACACGUGUUUUGUAGGCUCAAUAGAAAUACAUGUAAAUGACCGAACUAUGCAAUCUACUGUUCCUGCUGUCUCUCUCACUCGAUCUCCCUACCCCCUCCUCUCUAUCUCUCUCUCUCUCUCUCUCUCUCUCUCU